AUGUUCGAAGAUAUCACUCAGCCGCCAAAGCCACUGCCCGCACCUGAGCUCAAGGUUGUCAGGCCGGGUAUAUCACUACUCCCCCCACUAUCGCGCCGGGGCCACGGGCCUGGACUUGUCGUCCUCACACCAGCUUCAGGAGAUGUUUUAGAGAUCAAAGAUGGUGUCCCAUCGGUUCUUGUCAAAUGGGCUGAAGAAGGAUAUACUGUCGUCCAGAUUGAAUCAUCUGUGUUUGAUGGUAUCAGCAGUCAAUCUGUCAUUGCUGAAGCGCUUGAGGCUUUGACUCAAUGCGAUAAGUGCAACGAGGGCAGGAUUGGUUUAGUUGUAUACGCUCCAGAACUCUGGAAUACCGUCGCUUCAUGCUUGAUCGGAGUCUCCGACAUCGUGGCAGCAGUACUUUACAUCGAUCAAGCCAACCAGUCAGAACUCUCAUCCAUAGACAUUCCUCUUCUACAGCACAUAGUAGGAUCAGCUACAAAGCACAGCGCUAACAAGGCACUUGGCGUCGAGUAUCUCUACCCCAAGGCGCAAAGCCAUGCGUUCGCAACACCUUUCCACCAGCACUUUGACUAUAACAUGGAGUCCGUCUCGCAUACGAGGAACCUUCAAUUUCUCAAACCGAAGGUUGGGGGGCCAUACUUUGAUCUAGAGCAUAUCUGGGAGGAACAUACUCAUUAUGAAUUUGCCGAUCGGUCUGUUGAGCAUACGAUGAGUACCAUGGUUCAGGAGCCUUAUGUCAAUCAUAUUCCAACAUUGACUGGCGGGAUCGGCCGCGAGAAACUCUCUGACUUUUACCGUCAUAACUUCAUCUUCAAUAACUCGGCAGAUUCCGAAUUGGAUCUAAUAAGCCGGACCGUUGGUAUCGACAGGGUUGUUGAUGAGUUCAUCUUUAAGUUCACUCACGACCAGGAAGUUCCUUGGAUGCUGCCUGGCGUUCCGCCUACAAACAUCAAGGCCGAGGUACCAUUCACAGCUGUCGUCAAUAUCCGAGGAGACAGACUAUACCACGAACAUAUAUCUUGGGACCAAGGAACUCUUCUGCGACAGUUAGGUUUGUUGCCAGAGUAUCUGCCGUUCCCGUACGCCCUUCCGGAUGGCCGUACUGCUGAUGGGGGCUUCGAAUAUCGUGUACCGGUGGCGGGCAAGGAGACGGCAGUUAAGGUGAGGGAUAGACAUGGAGUAGGAUCGAACCAGAUGUUUUCUUAUGAGGUUCGUGAGAGGCAGACUUAG